CGGUAGAAACCCGUAAAGAUGGGCCGUGAAGUGCCUUUAAAAUAGGUUGCCCGUCCGUCGAUGGUGUAGCUCGACUUCUUCCUCUUCUUCUAUUGUUUCUCUGGCUCCACUCAGGUUUGUCUGACCAGGUGCUUGAAAGCAGCCGAUCAGUUUCCAAUAUUCUUUAUCGUCGCUUGCAACUUCACAUACGUCACAGUGACCGCAGUGGGUUUCACCUUGCCUUGCACUGCCUAAUCUUGCCAGCGUUUGGCAGACAAGCGAGAGGGAUUGACAGCAUCGUAAAGUGGGUUUUGUCCAUCUUGGGACGACUCCCCUCGGCUCGCUGUUGACUUACCAAGCUGCGGUUGCGUGCGCGUGUGAGCUCAUAACCAUCUGGUCCGUGCCGACGACAUCACGCAAGUUUUGCCCACGCCCGCAAGAGCUGCGUAUUAUAUACCCUCGAGAAUCCUACGACUAUACCUUUUAAGCCUUGAAGCCUUUGCCCAGGCCAUUCUUGAAGGCAAUUGGGCAAGUCCGCAGCAUCCCUAUCCGUUCCGGCACAACCUUCGACCUGCCUCCAUCGGCAAGAGACACUUUGAGAACGUCGACGUCUUUCGGCGCUCUUGGAAGCAGGUGCAACAGCUCUAAGCUGUGCAAUGUCGUCCCUUAAGAAAGCCUUUGACAAGGUCGCCCACCGUGGCAGCAGGUCUGGCACCCCUACGGGCAGUAGCCAAAAUAGUGACACCGAAUCCGCAACAAACGGUCACGGCAAUGGGUAUUCUUCCUCGCCACGCGCUUCUGGCACAUUUGAUCGGCCACAUAGAGCUUCGGGCACAUGGAACAGCGGACGCACGUCAUCUCCUCGCAGCAGCGGGAUUUUCUCGCGCAACUCUGUCAACAAAGGCCAUCACAGCCCUGUCAGAGCUCUCAAGGAUAAAUUUCGUAUCGGCAGCGAGUCGGAUGCCACGGAUAAUGAUACGGACACGCCAUACAAUCGCGAUGGCGAGAAAAUGAGCAAGAACCAACUGCGCAAAGCUGAGCGCCAAGCGGAAAAGGAACAGCACAAGCGUGAGGUGGAAGAGAGGGCACAGGCUGUUAAGGAGCGCAGAGCCGCUAUGGACGAGAAGGCCGCGAAGGAGGAGUCUCCGGAGACACGAGCGCUGUAUGGUGAAUUUCCUGUCAACAAUUACGCCGGCGAGUGGAAGCAUGAAGCUCGUCUCGACCUGCGUGACCUGUCCGCGAAGGACAUCGGGAAAGAGGUCACCUUUCGAGCUCGUGUGCACAACGUGCGGAAAAUGAGUUCAAAACUUGUAUUCUUUGUCUUGCGGCAACAGACCGUCACCGUGCAGGGCGUUCUGCAUGAACAUGGCCCUGUAUCUUCUUACUUCGUCUAUUGGGCCGAGCACAUUGAUAUCGAGUCUGUCGUCCUCGUCAGAGGGAUUGUUCAGGCCCCUGCUGCGAAGCAGGGUGAGAUUAUUGGUGCCUCCAUCCACGACUGUGAAAUCGCUAUUCAUGCCCUGCACGUCGAAGCUAAGCUAACCGAGCCAUUACCUUUCACGGUAAAUGAGGCGGAGGUCACAAAGGAGGAGGCAGACCAGCCAGGCGACCACCGUCAACAUGUCAGCGACCGCGUUCGUCAAGCAAACCGCAUACUUGACCUUCGUACGACUGCCUCGCAGAGCAUCUUCCGCAUUCAGGCAGGCGUCUGCCAACUGUUCCGUGAGAGUCUCAACUCUGAAGGUUUCAUUGAAAUUCACACGCCGAAGAUGCAGGGUGGUGCUUCUGAGUCUGGUGCUAGCGUGUUCAAGAUUGACUACUUUGGACGUCCCGCAUUUUUGGCGCAAUCUCCACAGCUGGGCAAACAGAUGGCUAUCGCCGCUGACUUCAAAAAGGUUUACGAAAUUGGUCCUGUUUUCAGGGCGGAGAACAGCAACACUCACAGACAUUUGACUGAAUUUACGGGUCUUGAUCUUGAAAUGGCAAUCGAUGAGCAUUAUCAUGAAAUCCUCCGCACCCUGGACCGCACGUUUAAGCACAUAUUCUCCGGCAUCUACUCGAAAUAUCGCGCCGAAAUUGACAUCAUCAAGCGCCAGUUUCCUCAUGAGGACUUAGUCUGGCUUGAUGAAACGCCAAUUAUUCCGUUUGCGGAUGCCAUCAAGCUACUGAAUUCAACAGGCUGGAGAGAUGAGAACGGCAAUCCACUUGCAGAGGACGAAGACAUGGGUACCAGAGAUGAGAUCCAGCUCGGCAAAGUUAUCAAGGAAAAGUACAAGACAGACUACUACGUGCUGGACAAGUUCCCCGUAGGCGCUCGUCCUUUCUACGCCAUGCCUGACCCCAACAACCCUAAAGUGACCAACGCGUUCGACAUCUUUGUUCGCGGCCAAGAGAUCUUAUCCGGAGGACAGCGUAUUCAUGAUGCUUCAAUGCUGCUUGCCAACCUCGAGAAAGCGAAAAUUGACCGUUCCACAAUGGAAGAAUACGUGCAAGGUUUCGAGUGGGGCGCACCACCCCACGGUGGUGGAGGCAUCGGCCUUGAACGAAUCGUCAUGCUUCUACUGAAUCUCGGUGACAUCCGAAACUCCUCUAUGUUCCCGCGAGAUCCCAAGUCUCUCCCCGCCAGACCACCUGUCAUACCGCUGCGUCAUCCGGAAGCUAGCACUCUUCACCCGCCAUGGGAAGGCAAGGAUCGCACCGUCGCGAAUAUGGAGUUCCAGACGAUAGAGAAGCUCAUUGCGAACUACGGUGAUGCCACGAACACCAGCUGGCUCGAGCCGAGAACUCAAAUCUGGAGAGAUGAGGCUACUGGCGCGGCUGUCGGCUACGUUCCUCAAGACGGGUUCGCCAUCACCGUGGGCGACCCGCUCUGCCACGAAUCUCAGUAUGCUAAAAUCAUCGCUGGCUAUAUACGAUAUAUUAAGAAGGAGACCAAUCUGAAGUUAUUGUGGCUACUUGUCGGCUCGAAAGUUGAAACCGUCCUCGCCGACAAGUUCAACUGGCGAACGUUCUCAGUUGUUUCGGAACAAAGAUUGGACCCACAAAACAACCCUGCAAUGCAUGAUCCUGAUGUCCAACGUAAGGUUCGCCAUGCGGAGAAGGAAGGUGUCAAAAUCUUCGAUUUUCCUCUUGGCAAGGAGAUUCCGCAAGACCUGAGGGAUAAGAUUGACAAACGUGUUGGCGACUGGCUCAACAAUAGGAAAGGCAAACAGGUCCACCUCACUAAUAUAAGGCCGUGGCAGGAUAUGGAACACAGACAAUAUUACUACGCCGUAGACAAAGACGGCGAGAUCGCCGCUCUUGUGGUACUUGCACAGCUUUCCCCUGAACAUGGCUGGCAGGUGAAGUACUCUCUAGAUUUCCCUGGUGCACCAUCGGGUACCAUCGAGUACAUUGUCACGCAUGCGCUCAAGAAGGUGGCCAGCGAAGGCUGCCGGAACGUAACGUUCGGCGGCGGUGCGUCACCGCACUUCACUCCUGGCCACAACCUCAAGGGCGCGAAAGUCAAGAUGCUAAGCAAAGCUUACCAUGCCAUCGUCACCGAGCUCAAGCUCACACAGAAGACGGAGUUCAGAGAGAAGCUCGGUGCAAAGGAUGAUCCGAUCUACGUUUGUUAUCCCCCCCAUGGCCUCGGUCCGAUGGGCGUCAAGGCUAUCCUAAACUUUUUCGAGGACGAUUGAACGCUCCGCUUUAUUCUUCCGCAGACGCGUGGCAGGAUGGCGUUGACUCUUUGAUAUGACUUUUUCUCUCUAAGUGUGACAGAAUCGGCAGACGAACGAUCAAGAAGCAGAAUAUAGUGAUGGCUGUGAAAAUGAGAGCGCUGUGGAAGCAGGUGUUGAUUUGCCUAUGAAUGGAGGCACUCCCCGGUUCUUGACAGUGUCGCAAGCUGCGGUGCCGGUCGUGCACUCCCGCUUGUUCCCCAUAUGGUCGUCUUCUUGAUCAUGAUUCCCCAUAAUCACGUUUUCCUAGUGUCUACUUCUUAGGUUCUCUUGUCUUUUUGCGUUCUUCUUUCGAAGGGUUGUGUCCGAAGUGGUAUAUUUUCCACCAAUAUCAGAAUUCUACCUUCUCUGCUGUCCGUAUCUCUUCUUGCGUGGGAGGCCAAGAUCUUUUACGGUGCACUCUUAUAUAUAUCCGAUGAGUGAUGUCACGUGAAGGAAACGAGUAGAAUUAGGAAUAGCAGAUAGGAAUUCUGACAUGAUCUUCCUUCGA